AACCCCGUGGCUACGUACAGGAGCGGCCAUGACAGCGUCCCCGAGAAGCUGCGCGUCUCACGAGAUCUUACGGAUUCCCUCAAAGGUCAAAAAGCAUACGUUCGCGGCUGUAGCUGAAGGACAUACUUAGAAGAAAGCUUACAGAAGAGAAUGACUAGGGGGAUCGGCGAUACCACAGAGCUUAUAAGGGCGAUGUUUGAUCGUGUAUCGCAAGGUAACUCAUUCAAGUCCUAACUUUAUAAACACCUAACUUCUGCUGGGCUCCAGAUUUCGUAGUGCGCCUGCGCCUUGCCCUUGGCUGCGUGGUUGCCAGGAAACCGCGAAGCCGCGGUCCCUGCCUCCGAGUCUCUCUCCACCAUGGCCAAAUUCGUCAUUGCGGGUAGAGCAGAUUGUCCAUAUUAUGCUAAAACAGAACUUCUGGCAGACUAUUUACAAAAGAAUCUUCCUGAUUUUCGGAUACAUAAAAUCACACAACGUCCUGAGGUUUGGGAGGAUUGGCUAAAAGAUGUGUGUGAAAAGAAUAAGUGGAGUCACAAGAAUUCCCCUAUCAUAUGGAGAGAGCUGUUGGAUCGUGGAGGAAAGGGUUUGCUUUUGGGAGGAUAUAAUGAGUUCCUGGAGCAUGCCCAGCUUUACUAUGAUGUCACCUCUAGCAUGACGACUGAGUUGAUGAUGGUAAUUGCUCAAGAGAACCUGGGGGCACAUAUACAAAAAGAGCAGGAGGAAGAAGGCCUGAAAACUUGCAUCAACCCCUUGCAGGUCUGGAUCACCAGUGCCUCUGCUCCUGCCUGCUACAACCUAAUUCCCAUAUUGACGAGUGGCGAAGUGUUUGGGAUGCAUACAGAAAUUAGCAUAACUCUAUUUGACAACAAGCAGGCAGAAGAAUAUCUCAAAAGCCUUGUGAUGGAGACCCAGGACCUGGCGUCACCCGUCCUGCGCAGUGUCUCCAUCUGCACGAAGGUGGAGGAGGCCUUCUGCCAGGCCCACGUCGUUGUGGUGCUGGACGAUAGCACCGACAAGGAGGUGUUCACUCUGGAGGACUGUCUCCGAAGCAGGGUGCCUCUGUGCAGGCUCUACGGGUACCUGAUAGAGAAAAAUGCUCAUGAGUCCGUCAGAGUCAUCGUGGGAGGGAAAACCUUUGUGAACCUGAAGACAGUUUUACUCAUGAGAUAUGCCCCACGCAUCGCACACAACAUUAUUGCCGUGGCACUGGGGGUGGAAGGUGAAGCGAAAGCCAUACUGGCCAGAAAAUUGAAGACAGCUCCUUCAUACAUUAAAGAUGUGAUCAUUUGGGGUAAUAUCAGUGGAAAUAAUUACGUUGAUCUGAGAAAAACAAGGGUGUACAGAUAUGAGAGUGCCAUUUGGGGACCUCUUCAUUAUUCACGCCCUCUUUUAAACUUGAUUUUUGACAGUCAGUGGAUAAAAAGAGAAUUUGUGGCAACUCUUAAAAACUUGACUGCCACAGGAAGACAAUUUGGAGGCAUUUUGGCUGCACACAGUAUAGCCACUACAUUGAAAUACUGGUAUCAUGGCUCACCGCCUGGGGAGAUUGUAUCUUUAGGAAUAUUGAGUGAAGGCCAGUUUGGUAUUCCCAAAGGGAUCGUCUUUUCUAUGCCUGUGAAAUUUGAGAAUGGAACUUGGGUGGUUCUUACGGAUCUCAAAGAUAUUGAAAUAAGUGAACAAAUAAUGACCAGAAUGACAAGUGAUCUAAUUCAGGAGAAACUUGUUGCACUUGGAGACAAGAUACAUUUUCAGCCAUACCAAUCAGAAACUGAACUACAUAAAAAAGAUAAAAGGAUCUCCUUACCCAUCACAGAUGACAGCCAGAAAGAACAGGUCUCAGAUGAACAUAAAGAUCUAGUCCCUCAUGAAGAAAAAAACCCAGUUAUGUCAGACGCAGCAGAUUUUCUAAAUCAGAUUCCUCAAACCACCUUUGAAAAGCCACAGAGUCUUGAGUUCCUAAAUGGCUUUGAAGGCAAAACUGUGGAAUCCUAACAGAUCAAAUUGGAUGAAAUACAUAAUUACUUGGUAGCAUAAUAAAUAUAGAAAGAAUUUACAUAAAUGUCUAUAUUGAAGGAAGAAUAAUUUGAAAGAUUUAUGUCAGUCUUAGAUAAUACCAUGCAAGGCAAUUAAAUCACUGUGACAACAUAAAGGUCAGAGUUCAGUUAUUUUGCGUUACUUGUAUCCACUCAUGUUUGUUUAAUAAUAAUUGCAUUUUCUCAGAAAUAUUUUGGUGUCAAAUGCUAUCUUUUAUACUACAUUAAAAUAGAGUUGUCAGUCAUUGCAUCUGCCCAUACAUCUUCUGAGAGAACCUGCUUCCUUCCACCAGCCAUACCUAAGACCUGCACCUAAGUGACCAUGUUUGCUCAAAUGUCCUCACCACCUUGGUCUCAACUAAUUAAGCCAAACAGAUGUACCUCACUCAAGGAUAACCAAUCAUAUUUUCUCUCUCUCUCAAAAAAAAAAAUUGAACUGAGACCAAUGAGUAAGUUGGUGACUGGGUCAGGUUGAUGGUAGUGAACUAUGUGCCUGUGAGCUCUUCAGAGCUAGAUUGGGUUCACCACCUUCAUAAGACCUGCCUCUGUACCAUUUUUCCCUGGAUGUGCUUUGUUUAAGUGUCUGUAUAAUAAAUCACACUUUUUUAAAGCUCAGAUUGAAUAGGUUUCUGCUCCUUGACAACAGAUAUGGCCUGAAUAAAAUGAAUUUUGAAAGAAAAGCAUAAUAUUUUUACUAUAUAAUUGCAUGGUUUAAGUAAAAAUUACAGUCUUUUAUUAAAGCAGUAAUAGCCAAACCAGUAUGCUCAGAUAUUUUCCAGCUAAUAAGACCCUUUACAAAUGCCAAUUAGGAACUUUUGAAAGCCCAGGAGUCAUGUGAAAAGCUGCUGAUAUCUGUGCUUAAUAACUCUUAAGAUAUGAAUCAUAUUCUGAAAAUUCAGGGAAAUUGCAGAUGCAUCUUCUGCAUUGCUUCUGCACCAUUAUAAUGCAAUGGGUAGUUUCAAACCCAUCACUGACUUUUGCUUGUUUCCAAAGUCAGCACUUCAUGUGAUGUUAUUGUGAAGAAAGCUUGAUAUCUGUGUAAGGACAUUGAUUUUGUGCCCUAAUCCUACUAAUACCAUUGCCUGACUUUGUGGGGUCCUCAACCCAAGGAAUGUGACCACAGAGAACAAUACCUGGAUGGAAAAUCAAAUGGCGCUUCUCACAGAGCUGAGCACAUGGCGAUUUUGCCCCUCAACAUGCAGGGCUUCUUAUGAGAAAACUAAGCAAGACUGGAAACCGUGAUUCAGACCAAGAAGCCUAAGCUAAACUUCCUGCUCCAUAUCCGUUGAAUCAGUCAUGUGACUCACUUGUUACCCAUAACCAGAUAGAAAGGCUGGAACAAAGAACACAACCACGAACACAUCAUCUUUCAAUGUAGUGGCCUGCCUCUUAGUGAUUUCUUCCCAUGAGUGCCAAGUUGUGAACAAUGAGAUAAUGAGCUGCUUCUCCAAUUGGUGGACAUCUAGGAGAGGGCUAGAGGAGAUCUAGACAGAGUUUUGUCCCUUUUUGGGACAUACUCAUCCCCAUCCCCAGAAGUCUGUACUUCCAGCAUGAAUAUGAACUACCAUAUGUUUGGACCACCAUAGGAUGACAAGAAUGCUCUAGA